AUGUAUCCUCCUUCUUCUUCUCCUUCUUCUCUUCCAACCAAAUGUUGUACUUUCCCCUCCUCUUCCCCGCCGAUGACGAAAUCCAAAAGCGGACUCCACACUCCUUCCGCCGCCAAUCAGUCCCGCAAGAAAGCUACUCUCCCCCAGCCUUCUAAGAAGGUCGUCAUCAAGCUCAACAAAGCCUCGAAUGUGUGUGUCUUCGGUACACAAUUGGGUGAAGAUGCUAACGUUGAAGCUCACACUAUGGACGACCGUAAGGAGAGACGGAAAUGGACACCAGCAAAAGACGUUGUGUUGAUCAGUGCUUGGUUGAACACCUCUAAAGACCCUGUUGUGGGGAAUGAGCAAAAAGCAAUUGCGUUUUGGAAACGCAUUGCAGCUUAUUUUGCAGCAAGUCCAAAGCUUGCUUGUUUGCAAAAGAGAGAGUCGGCUCACUGCAAACAAAGGUGGGGGAAGAUUAACGAGGGUGUAUGUAAGUUUGUAGGGUGUUAUGAGGCUGCAACGAAAGAGUAA